UCCAGGGGAGCCUACAUCAUGUGACCAAAACAAACGUUCGGUUUGGCCACGCCCCUUGCCAUGCUCUGUGUACAUUCAUAACAAUUUACAGCUCAGGAAAGAGAACCGUUGAUGCUCGUUCAGUGGAUUCUCAACGAGUCAAACACAUAAAGUGACGAGGCUGAUUUUGGACUCAAAUCCAAGACCAAUGGCAUCCAGCGGUGGCCUGAGGCAGACUGGGUCAGGGCAGUCGAAGAAGGAGGAGGUCAAGACAGGUUCUAGGCAGACAGACAGGGAAUCACAGAGAGCUUUGGAGCUGCGGUUCAUUCCCUCAGCCCCUCGCAGCUGACAGAUGUCGUGAUCAACAGGAGCAAAAGGAUGAUGCUGGACACUCUGGGGGUCGGGUUGUUGGGAACCAGGACAGCUGUUUUCAACAAGGCUCUCAAAUACAGCCAGUCUUUCAUGUCGUAUGAGAGGAGCAGUGUUUGGGGUAAAUCAGAGACCACUCUUCCUCCUCACUAUGCUGCGUUUGUUAACGGCAUUGCGGUUCACUCCAUGGACUUUGACGACACUUGGCACCCUGCUACUCAUCCCUCUGGAGCUGUGUUACCGGCAUUGCUCGCCCUCACAGAGUUGCUGCCCAGCCGGCCUUCUGGGCUGGACCUGCUGCUGGCCUUCAAUGUGGGUGUCGAGGUGCAGGGCAGACUCAUGAGGUUCUCCCCUGAGGCGUACAACAUCCCUGAAAGAUUCCAUCCUCCCAGUGUGGUCGGUGUGAUGGGCAGUGCUGCAGCCUCAGCUAAGCUCCUGGGUCUCUCCCCUGCUCAGUGCACCCACGCUCUGGCCAUUGCAGCCUCCUCUGCAGGAGCUCCUUUGGCCAACGCCGCCACACAAACCAAACCUCUCCACAUUGGAAACGCUGCUCGCAGAGGCCUGGAGGCGGCUCAGCUGGCCCAGCUGGGAUUGGAGGGGAACCCAGAAAUCUUGGAUAAGGACUGUGGGUUUGGGGUUUAUUACAAAGACUACAGUCCUACAGCGAUGCCACACUCUGCAUCUGGUAACUUUAAAUGGAUGCUUGAAGAGCAGAAUGUAGCCUUCAAGCGCAUCCCGGCUCAUCUGGGGAUGCACUGGGUUGUGGAUGCAACACUGGCAGCUCGUGUGAAGCUUGAACAAACAGUUGAGAACUUUGACCUCAGUAAAAUCAGGGCUGUCACACUACGAGUGCCUCCAUCCAAGUACAUCGACUGCCCCGUUCCAACCACAGAGCACCAAGCCCGGCACUCAUUUCAGUUCAACUGCUGCUCUGCUCUCCUGGACAACAAAGUGACAGUGUCUUCAUUCAGCGAAGCUCAGGUUAACCGGCCAGAACUCAAGGAGCUCCUCUCAAAAGUCAGAGUGGAGACCCCUGAAGAUAACAAACCCAGCUUUGACAAGAUGUACUGUGAGGUAGAAGUAGAAACAGAUCAGGGGCAGAUCCACACAGCCAGGUGUGAUACCUUUUACGGCCACUGGAGGAAGCCGCUGAGUCAGGAGGACCUGGUGGGGAAGUUCAGCGUUAAUGCGUCCUCGGUGUUGUGCACAGAGGGAGUGGAGGGAGUGAUAGAUGUGAUCGGAAACAUUGAGAGAGUGAGAGAUAGCUCAGCCCUGAAUUCAUAUCUGAGAAUGACUAGCAGUCAGCACGAGCAGUUUUACAGCAGAAGUCUGCAUGGAUUUUGAUGAAACAGUGUGGUGUAACUUUUUCAUCCAUGUAGUAUUCAUCAAAAAUGUAAUGUAAGUAUUUUUUAUUUUUUACAACAAAGAAGAGUUUGAAAUAAAGGGACCUUUGUAAGAUUCA